GAAUCGCAAACAGUUAAGAAAGCAGAUCUUUAAGAGGAGAAUCGGAGCACAUCCCAAAUGAAGUUUAUGUAUUGAGUACAUUUCUUUAAACAAACAAACAAACAAACAAGCAGUCUAUGAACUAUGCUGUGUCUUUAAACUUUCUGGAGCGUAGCCAGUAACAUGAAUGGUGCUGGACACGUGAGUUUGUCUCAAUGUGGUCUCUCCUCUUAGUAUUUCUCAUGUUUUCUCUGGCUGUUGUCCAAUUAUUUUCUCUCUCUCUUUUUUUGCGCCUUUCGUGCCCCCUCCCUCCUCGUGUUAUCCACCCACGGGAAAAGUGAUUUUCGCCCCCCUCUCUCUUUUUUUUUUUUUAAAUGUAUAUACCUCAUCCUCAUCUCCAGUCUCUGGACUUAUUUCCGUGUGGGCAGCAGGGAUGCAUUUAAAAUGCCCCCAUUUUUUUAUUUAAACCAAUCCGCGUAGAAAGUCUUUCCCCGCAAAUUCUUGAAUCCGCAGUAGCGUGGAUUUGACAGUGCACUGUCACACUUCCCUCUGCGAAUGUCUCGUUCAAAUUGCAAUCGAUCAUUGGGCUUAUUUUAUUACUAAAGCCACCCCCACUUAAUUCUACAGAGGAGAUUUUCUCUCUCUCUCUCUCUCUCUCUCUCUGUGUGUGUGUGAGAGAGUGUGUGAGCCAAAUUCUCAACCAAGAGGCAGCACGUGCUUCUCACAAUACCGCGCUUUUAAUUUACAUUUUGCAUCCCCUUCAUGAGCGCACCGGUUUUAAACGCAUUGUUUUUGAUAAGCGCGCACUGGUGAGCGCGAGACACUGACUGACUGGCGGCGAGCUCGUGCUGCAGGAACAGAAGGUGCGCGAGAGACUAUUUGGAACUCACACACACGAUGAGCGCGCGCGGCGAGGAAGCUGCCGGCGAAGCUUCAGGAUCGCAGGAGCAGCCCGAGCCCGAGCCCGCCCCGGCCGAGCCAAAGAAGAGGGGACCGGGUAGACCCAGGAAGCCGCAACAGGAACCUACAGGAGAGCCUGUCCCCAAACGACCGAGGGGACGCCCCAAAGGAAGCAAGAACAAGGGCCCCUCCAAAGCAGCGCAGAAGAAAGCUGAGACCACAGGGGAGAAAAGACCUAGAGGAAGACCCAGGAAAUGGCCACAGCAAGUGGUCCAGGAAAAGCCCGCUCAGGAAGAAGAGGAGGAGGAGGCGGAGCCAGAAGAGGACUAAGCAACCACAGGAUUUUACCUCUACCUCAUCCAGCUGUCAGCUCUCUCCAAGGGAAAAGACUGCCUUGACCACUUAUUAUUGACUUCCCACUUUCGUUUGAUCAUUUUCGUUUGUUUAUUUUCGUUUUUCCUCAUUCGUUUAUUUUGGUUUGGUUUCGUUUUGUGAUAAACACACACAACACCUCAGAGCGUAACCCGAAAAAAGACACAAAUGCAAACAAACAUCUUGCAGAUGACAAUUGGAGCCGCCUUGCUGUUUCCACUUCCCACAAACUGCUGUAAGCACAAAGGUGCAGGGGUUAAACACACAAUAUGUGCUACAGCGGUUCUUUGCGCCACACACAAACACACACACACUCUUGUUGACUGAUUUUCCAGGCUACAUUGGAGGUGAAAAUGUCUGGUUUUGUCAUUCAGCAUGUAGUGCUUCCUAUAUCUGGGUGGAGCUUUGAAUGGACACACCCAUUCGCACAAGAACCCAUUCUUUAUAGUACUGUACCACCAAAGACAAAUAGACCAUUUUCCCUUCUCUGUCCACUUCAUUUUGAUGUUUUGACCAAAAUGAAAGUGAGCUUUAAAAGUAUUUGCCUUAAAAACUGCAACCAGAGCCUUUGACCUAUUAGUUUUUAAACCUAAAAAUUAAUAUUCUGUGAUUAUUUACUCGCACUGUAUUUUUUCGAAACUGAAUUGACUUUGUUUCUUCCGUGGAACACAAAAGGAGACGAUUCAAAGAAUGUCCGAGCUUAUCUUUUCUAUACACUGAAAGUGAAUGGUGACCGUGGCUGUCGAGAACGUGUUUUUCAUUGCAUAGCUUCAAUUUAUAUCUCACCCAAAGCUGUUCUAUGAUUUGAAAUAUAGUGCAUGAGUCAUAUGGACCACUUUUAUGGUGCUUUUUUUUUGUAGCUUAAUAGCCUUUGGUCACCAUUCACUGCCAUUGUAUGGAAAAGAGCAGCGUGAACAUUCUUGAAAACAUCUACUUUGAAUUUCUAUGUAUGACUUUCAUUUUUUUUUUUUUACAGAAAAAAGAAAGUCAUAUGGGCAGUGUUGGGUAAAGUAACUUUUAAAAGUAAUGCGUUACAGUAUUGCGUUAAAAAAGUAACUAGUAAUUGCAUUAUUUACUUUUUAUUGAAAGUAAUGCGUUACGUUACUUUUGCUUUACUUUUUCUCACCUCGGCUGGGCUUGUUUGUUCCCUGAAGUCCCUUUUCACACCAAAAGCAUACACAGCACCUCUGCACUUAGGCCGUGUGUCCACCAGAGCGUGUUUUUCCAGCUCCGAGCGUACUUUCAAUUGUUUUCAAUGGGAGCGCCACGUUUUUUAAACGCCAGGAGCCGCUGAGCGUCUUUUUUACGCUCAAGCGCUGAGAGCUCGGUAUUUUUUACUGGUCUCCUCGAGUUGAAGAAUGUUCAACUUUGAGUAAAACGCUGCGCUCAUCACUGUCACUUUUUAGCCAGCCAUCCAAUCAGAGUGAAGGAGGGGCGGGACAAAUACAACACCGGCCAACUGAUAUUCCGUAUCAUAGCAACAAAGCGUCUCAACGGAAAAAAACGCUACACUGCAGAAGCGCUCUCACGCGCUCACAGACGGGCGUUUUAAGCAGAGCGGCUAGCGUUUUCAGCUGGCUAAAAACGCUUUGGUGGACACGCGGCCUAUCUCCCAAUUUCUCUUAAUAUGGGGACAAGAGAAGUGUCAGUCAAUAAAUAGAAAAACAAAGUGACUUGCGUCACUUUAUUUGAAAAGUAACUGAAAUAUUUUGUUGUAAAUUUAAAAGUAAUGCAUUACUUUACUAGUUACUUGAAAAAAGUAAUCUGAUUACGUAACACAUUACUUAUAAUGCGUUAUGGGUUUAGAAUGAGUAAAUAAUGACAGAAUGCUUAUUUUUGGGUGAAUUAUCCCUCAAAUUUAUUCCCCCCGUGUCCUUGGUGGUGAUUUUUUUUUAUUAUUAUUAUUUUUUUUUCAAACUGAUUACUGCAAACAUUAAAUGUUUCGGUGGGAGACCGUUUUUAGCAUUACUACAGAACAGUAGUUCUACUGUACAUACCUUCGCGACUUCGGCUUUGCAUAAUUAACAUACGUGUACAUAAUUGUUUUUAUUUUCUUGUAUGGCAUAGCUUUAAGAACAUAAUUUUCUGACAAAUUCAGUGAAAGGGAAAUUUAUCAACUCAGUCAAGACCUAAACCUCAAGAAACACCCAAACCACAGGAACAAAAACCACACUAUACCUCAUUACACACAAAAAUACCUGAAUCGCAGCGACGGCGUCGAACGGUAUUCGGCGGAACUUAAAGUACGCCAGCGCUGUCACCAAUGCAAUAUCUCCUCACCGUUUCAAAACUACCUCUGAUUUCUUCAACCAGCAAACCAACUCGAAAAGACGCGCGCUGCUGUAGAGUUCUCAUUACAAAGCAGGGGAUGGCAGCGAGUGCCAAUGUUGAAAACGAACCUUGUCGUAUGGGCAGGCGAACGCUCUGCAAAAUGUUUUUUGAGAGAGUCGGGCAGGUAAUAACUGAAUUCUGAGGUCUGUUUGUAGUCAUAUGUAGAACUAAUCAUGCAGCUAAGGGGAAAAAAAAAAAAUAAGUACUGUGUUUGUUCUAGUUAAUUUUCUUUUUUCACAUUAGCAUAUAUCUGACAUUUGUAACUAGACACUCUGUCUCUGCAGCUGGGAUGUCUGUUUUACAUUUUUUAACUUGAAUAUAUAUUUUGUACUGAUUUACUCAAUGGUUUCUAAGGAUCAAGUGCUUGUAUGACACUAAAUGAUAUUGUUGCGAAUGGAUUUUUCUUUUCUUUCUCCAUUUUGUUUCCUCUCCACUAUUGCUCUGAAUUUCUAGUUUUAGUUUCCUAUGUACUAUUCAGAUAUGUACCUCAAAAAAAAAAAAAAAAAAAAAAAAAAAAAAAAAAAAGGAUAAAAAUGGACUAAUAAUCAGCUGACAAAUACCUACCUCCAGUCUUGAAAACGGAACGAUUUUUUUUUUGCCUGGUUUCUUUUCUCAGUACGGAUUCAAAUGAUGUGUACUGUAAAAGACUUUAGGACUGCACAAAAUCCUGUUUUACAAACAUUUUUAAAUUUGAUUUUUGUUCAGCUGGGGGAGAAGAUGGCUAAGAAGGCAACUACACACACACACACACGCAAAAAUACAAAUCACAUGAAAAACAAAAAAAACAAAACAAAAGAAACUUGAAACGCUCUUUCAGGUUUGAAAAAAUAUGUUCGGGUUUUGUAUAUUGCAUAUAUGAAUAUGUUUUUGAAAAAUUAGUAGAUAUUGAGAUAUACUUGAUUAGCGUUUUUUUUUUUUUUUGUGUACUUUACACAAAUGUGAUUUUCUUUUCUUGUUAUAUGGUUCAAACAGAUGUAUAUGUAAUGCUUAUGUAGUGAAAGAAUACACCUUUUCAGCCUGUCACCAUGAAAACCUUAAGAAAUGUUAACAUGGUAAUCUCAACUGGGCCUGAGGUAGAGCCUCAGAGGAAGCUAAUGGAACUGUUGGCAUGCCCCUUGAACUUACAAUGGCAUGUAAUGACCGUCUUUAUAUGCGGCAGCUUGGCUUUUGCCACAAACCAACAUUAAACGUUGCUCAAACACUGUAAUGCUACUACCUAAAUGGUUACAGUUCUUGUAAAAGUGUCAGUUUUGGAAUCGGACCGCUUCUUUACUCUCCUACGAGUUCAACAGAUGAAACAGUCACUUGCUUAAGCGGAAGGACGGCGUGUCUCGGCUCGACCUCAGCGGCGGUUGCUUUUCAACGCUGUUUAGAGGUCGUUUUCAUUAGAUCGGCGUAUAAUGGCACUGUUUUAGCAGAGCGAUCUGUUAUAGUGUGCACUGCGUUCAGUCCUCCUGAAACUUGGCAUUGUGUUCAUAUGCUUCCUACGUUGGUUUGAAUGUGUAUCCACAGGAGCCACUGUUCAUGUGCUUUCAGCUCGGGGUGUCUUAAUGAAGAUGAAGUUGUAUUUUCAUGACAACAUGUUCUAGUACAAUCGAAUACACUUUUCUACCUCCAAGAGGGCCUCCUGUUACCUCAUUUUUCAAACUUACUAUCUGCUUAAAAUCAGGUGCCUGAGUCCAGAGAGAACGGCGUAAAGUUUUAAAUUUAUAUAUAAAUAAAAUAUAUAUUCAUAGUUUAUUUUUGUGUGUUUUGGGGGGGAUUUUUUAUAAGACUGUACCUCUCUGCCUCUCAGUCACAAGUUAGGUAAGACUGGACAAUUUGACUUGUUUUUAAAACGUCUUACAUUAUGCAAUGUUUUGUCAUUUCUGCAGCUGUGGAGAUGGAAAAGUAUCACUAGGUGGUUACUCUCUCAGCUUUCUUCACUUGAUAUAACGUGUUUUCUAACAAUUAUGGCUGUUUCACUUAGUAUUGCUGUUUGUGAUUUCACUUAAAAUUGCUUGCUUGUUUUAAAAAAAAAAAGGACAAAAAAAGAAACGUAUUAGAAAAAAGUCCUCUUUAUACAUAUCCACCUCUUUAUUCAGCACAAUAAAAAAGGUGCCUGUGA